UCUAUAUAUUAUUCACGCACACUCCUUUUUUCUUCAGAGCAGCAAUGGCACAUAUACCUAGAAUUAGACACAGAACUCCCUAUGUUGCAGUAGAUGUUGACGCCACCUUUAUGACUCCUGUGCCAGAGAUUUCACGUAGUAAUGCUUAUUCAUUCAUUGAAUGCUGUGAAUCUGGCCAGGUUGCAUUUUUUUGCACAGGUAGGGGCAGAGAAGAAUCUUUGCGUAUAUUAUAUGACUUAUAUGAUGGGUUUCCUGCGUAUCAAGGAUAUCCCGGAGUAUACCACAGUGGUGCAAUCGUAAUUGACAAAAAUGGAAAAAUCAUUCAUGCCACAUAUUUCAGCCCUCAUGCCACCGAACACAUAGUAGAUGCCAUCAGAUAUAUGUGCCAUGAGACCAUGACCAUAUUCUGCUCUUUUGAUAGAUGGUUGGUACUGUCCGAACAUACGAAAAUAUUGGAUUGCGAACUGAAAAAUUCUAAUAACCAUAUGCCACUAUAUAGUUGCACCAGAGAUGAAAUAAUAGGCACUGAGAUAUCGCAAAUUCUAGUUUACCGUUAUAAAGAUAUAUCCAUGCCAUUUGUUGUAUACGAUAACGUAUACUUCAGGAUUCGACGGGACAGACGGCCAUUUGUACAAUUAACGCCGUUGGGCGUAUCGCCUUCGCAGGGUAUAUGGAAUCUAUUGAAACACUAUGGUAUUGGCACAAAGAUGUUUUCUUAUGUUGGACACCAUUGUGAUAUAGAAGAUCUUCCAGUUAUGGAGGGCGAUAACCAGAAUAAUAAUAUCGUCGAGCAACAGUCGGAAAGUAAGAAUGUAGUGAGGGUUGUGAACAAUGAGAACUGCAUACGGCACACGAAAACUGCGUAGAGAAGUGUAAUGUAUAUACUUGUGCAGUG